AUGAACGGCGUGGGGCCGGGGCGCCGCCGGCUCGGGCCUCCCGCGAGGCCGGGCCUGUCACGCCACGAGCGGCCCCGGGCCCCGCCGCCAACUCCGCGGGUAGGCGCGCGGGCCGGGCACGGCGGGCGACGACGAGGAGCCGCGGACUCGCUGCGGGCGGGGGCGCGGGCGCUGACUCCAAUGGCGGCGACGGCAGGGACAAGGCUACGCGACGUCAGCGCGCGGAGCAGGUCGGGAGCGUCGUCGGGCUGCCGCCGUCGCGCCUGCGCGCCGCCGGCCCGCGAGCCGGGAGGGGAGGAGUCACGUGGGGCGGCGUCAGGCCCGGCGAGUGCGGCGGGAAGUGGACGGCGUCGGUCGCACGGCACCUGGCCGCGUCCCGCCCUCUGCGGGAGUUACGCGGGCGUCGGGGCUUGCCCCCUGAGUGUGCGUGUGCGAGUCGCAUCCCACGGAGAAGAAGAAAACCCAGCCAUGCUCUGUGGAGGGACAAAAGCCCGUCUGGCUCUUGAGCUGAUGAAGAAAAGCCAGUUCUUCCUUCACCCCGCCUCCCACACCUCCUAUGGCUCUCCAGCAUCUAAGGACACUGAGGAGCCACCCAGCUCAAGGCUCUUUUGGGUUUCCAUGACCUACUACUUCCAGAGGCUGCACGUGGUCCCCAACACCAAGCCUGAGCUGACCAGCAGCAUUGUCUGCCACUCCGCCUUGUCCAUUAUCAAGGGAACUGGAAGGGGUCCCCAUGAGUUGGUGGCAUUCUCUGCUUCAGACCUGCUCAGAGCUGCUGUUCUCUCUAUGGGGCCUGAGAACAGGGCAAAGGGCUUGGGCUACAGCCCAAAGCUGAGCUGCUGGACAGCCAGCAAUGACCCCACACAGGGCCAAUAUAGACCUCUCUGUCUAUGUGACCAUUUCCUGGGUCAGGAUCAAGUGGAUGGGCAAAUCCUUGGCCAGUUGCAGCCCCUGACAGAGGAGGAAGAGGAGGAGGGUGCUGGGGCAGCCUCACCUGAGAGGCCUGCCUUCCCUGAGAUGGGCUCGGAGGAGCUGCGCCUGGCAUCCUUCUAUGACUGGCCACCUACUGCUGGGGUUCAGCCUGAACGGCUGGCUGCUGCUGGCUUCUUCCACACAGGUCAGCAAGACAAGGUGAGGUGUUUCUUCUGCUAUGGGGGUCUGCAGAGCUGGGAACGAGGAGAUGACCCCUGGACUGAGCAUGCUAGGUGGUUCCCCAGGUGCCAGUUCUUGCUCCAGUCGAAAGGAAGAGACUUUGUGCAGAGUGUCCAGGCCUGUGCCCCACUGCCUGGCUCCUGGGAUGGGUGGGAAGAGCUGGAAGACGCAACCUCUGCCACUCCCUCAGCUCCUGUUCAUGGGGGCUCUGAGCUGCUUAUGCCAAGAAGAGAGACCCAGCCUGAAGGUGCCAGGGAGCCAGGAGCUGGGGACAUGCAGGAGCAACUCCGGCGGCUGCAGGAGGAGAGGAUGUGCAAGGUGUGCCUGGAUGGAGCAGUGUCUGUCGUCUUUGUGCCAUGUGGCCACCUGGUGUGUCCCCAGUGCGCCCCCAGCCUGCAGCUGUGCCCCAUCUGCAGGGCACCCAUCCAUAGCUGCGUGCGCACCUUCCUGUCCUAG